CGAACAAACUGUGAAACCAGGUAUUUUAUCUUACAAAAGGCCAAUAAUAUAAGCCUAUCUGUAGUCGUAUUUAUUGAAGCAUAUAAAAUUGUACGGGACAGGAGAGGAAGGUGAAAGAAUUAAAAGCGAGAUUGGGGAAUCAUGCAUGCAUUGAGGAGGAAGAAGCGUUUUCACUUCACCUAUGAGCUUUUUUCAGCGACUAACUCGUGGAGAUUUGAUGGCUUUUUAGGGUUUGAUUAGAGACUUUGCUUGUGAGAAGCAAAAAGAUGAGAUUCUGCAAUUCUGUCUUUUCCUAUCGAAUUUGUGCUAAAGAAAAAGGAUCAAAGAGAAAGGAGGAGAUCAUGCAACUGCAUUGAAUUUUACCAUGGAGAAGCUAUCCAAGCAACCAUCUUCUACGAUUCUCUUUGCCACGUGGAACUGGAAUCUAUCGAUGGCGAAUCUAGUCGAGUCUGCCCGAUCCUCGAUGUCUCAGAGGAGCUUGUUUUGGGAGGUAGUUUCCGACUCAUUCAGCCAAGCCAUGGAAAAGGGUUGGCUGAGAUGGAGCUAUUCUCGGAGAAUGCUUCGCUUGGAACGACGCCUAUCGAACCGAAGGAGCGCAAAGGAGCUUCUUUUAGGAGGUAAUUUUCCAAGUCAUUCGACCAAGCCAUGGAAAAGGCUUGCCGAGAUCGAGCUAUUCUUGGAUAUUGUUUGUUUCGUUUGCUGCGGCAGUUGGGAUGGCGAUCCUCGGGCUCUUGCAAUAUGCCCGGAAACUGCUCGAUCAAUUGCCCCAUAA